UACUUUUCAGUUUCUCUUCUCGACGAAACUGCCAACCGUGAAGAUGGCGGAUCUUGAGUUUGAUUCCGCUCAGCUCCAGGAGAGUGAUCCAGCUGCCGACUUCUUGCAGAAGGAGCAAGGUGCAUUAGCAGAGUUAGGAGAUGAUGAUUUAGCCUUCGAUGGUGGCGCGUCGGCACCGACUCAAGAUUUCUCAGCGGAACUUGAUCAAUUCGGGCAGAAGCAGGAACAGUCCACUGAGAGCAAUGCUUAUUCAGCCAUUCAAGAGGCUGAUGUCCUAGCAACGGAGUCCGAGGCUGUUCGUAAGUGGCGUGAAGAUCAAAAGCAGGUGCUUGAAGAGAAGGAUGAGCAAGCAGAGGUGGAACGCCAGCAAUGGCUGGAGCAGGCCAAGCAAGACCUUCAAGACUGGGAAGCUCGGCAAGCCGAACAGCUCGAAAAAGCAAAGUCUGACAAUCGUGCUGCAGAGGAAGCAUUCAUCCGUGAACGCGAUGAGGACACUCCUGGGUCCGAGUGGGAACGAGUAGCACGCUUCUGUGACUUCAACCCGAAGAACAGCAAGAGCACUAAAGAUGCUGCACGCAUGCGUAGUAUACUGCUGCACCUCAAGCAGACACCGCUGGUGCGGUGAAUUUAGCAACGCUUCUCGGCACCCUUUCAUUUCAAGAAUUAGGCUGUGUAUUCGUCGAAGAACAGCCAGCGCGCCACCAAUAGGCCCAGAAUCUCCAUGCUGGCAAGGGGGUGUUUUCUUCUGGCCUGGUGUGUGUGCACUCUGCCAAGAGGUUGUCCUGGCUGUAUUGUUUGUCCUGGCCGUGACUGCCCCGUAGCUUCUCUUCCCUUCCUUUUCUUGACUGUGUAUGAAAGCAUCAGUGUGACCACUACCACCGGCAGCAGCACAUGACUGUAGCAAAGCACCAGAGCGUGGUUGAUAUGUGUGCACUGUAGUGAUCCUUCCUCACCGUCACCUGUCCGCUGAUUCUUUCUGACAUCAUCCUGCUGUAUAUUGUCAAUAGUUUGCCAUAUUUCGUUGUGUCCUUAGUUAGGUCUGUUCAAAUUAUAUUUUCUUCGCUAUCUCCGUACCCGCGUGGUAUUAUUUGAUUAAAUGUAGUAGUGUCUUACGUAGGCCCCAUUCUAUUUACCAGUUUUCUUAUCCUCUCUUCGGAUCAAACCCUUUGUGCACGUGUGUACGUGUGUGUGUGUGUCGGCUGGAUGAUUGCAAUGCGAACCAGCCACACCUCUGCUGUGUUCACGCUGUCUUCUCCCUGCCAUGUAGGUGCUUGCUUCUUACUCACGGAAAAUUGCAUUUAUCAUCAUUCUUAUCUUCACUUGCCUACGUCAAUAUUCACCACCUUGUGUUCUGUACUUAGUUUUUCAUGGAAAAAGGAAAAUCCUCUGAUGUGUUAGAAUCAGGAUACAUACAUGUAUAAAAGUCCAA